AUGGAGCCAGUCAACAGCACAGAGGUGUCUGAGUUCUUCCUGAAAGGAUUUUCAGGUUACCCUGCCCUGGAGCACCUGCUCUUCCCUCUGUGCUCAGCCAUGUACCUGGUGACCCUGCUGGGGAACACAGGCAUCGUGGCGGUCAGCAUGCUGGAUGCCCGCCUGCACACACCCAUGUACUUCUUCCUGGGCAACCUCUCCAUCCUGGACAUCUGCUACACGUCCACUUUUGUGCCCCUGAUGCUUGUCCACCUCCUGUCAGCGCAGAAGACCAUCUCCUUUCUUGGCUGCGCACUCCAGAUGUGUCUGAGUCUGUCUACAGGCUCCACAGAGUGCCUGCUGCUUGCCAUCAUGGCCUAUGAUCGCUACCUGGCCAUCUGCCGGCCCCUUAGGUACCCCGUGCUGAUGAGCCACCGGCUCUGCUGGUUGCUGGCAGGAGCCGCCUGGGUCCUCUGUCUCUGCAAGUCAGUGACUGAGACAGUCAUUGCCAUGAGGCUGCCCUUCUGCGGUCACCGUAUGGUCAGUCACUUCACCUGCGAGAUCCUGGCAGUCCUGAAGCUGGCCUGUGGUGACACGUCCAUCAGUGAGGUCUUCCUGCUGGUGGGUGCCAUCUUGCUGCUGCCCGUGCCUCUGGCCUUCAUCUGCCUGUCCUACACGCUUAUCCUGGCCACCACCCUGAGGGUACCCUCAGCUGCCGGGCGCCGCAAAGCCUUCUCUACUUGCUCAGCACACCUGGCCGUGGUGAUGCUUUUCUACGGCACCGUCAUCUUCGUGUACAUGAAACCCAAGAGCAAGGAGGCCCGUAUCUCUGACGAGGUCUUCACGGUCCUCUACGCUGUGGUGACACCCAUGCUGAACCCCGUCAUCUACAGCCUGAGGAACAAGGAGGUGAAGGAGGCCACCAGGAAGGUGUGGGGCAGGAUACAGACCUCCAGGUGA